GUAUUCAUAGUCGAUUCUUAUUUCAAGACCAUCUUAAGUAAUGUCUUAAGACGUUAAUGCAGCCCUCUGAUUAGUUCUGACUUCUUAAGAUCAUACUUAAAACGGUCUUGAAUAUAAGAUCUGACUGUAAAUAUCGGCUUGAAAGUGGGCUCGAAAUACGGUGUAUGAAUGUGUAGUAUGUGUGUAGUAGACGUGUGGUCUGUUUAUCACGUGACAGUCAAUACUUCCCAACUUUCCCCGCAAGGCGUGAUGGCACUAAAAUCACAUCUGCCGAAUUUUCCAUUGGUUUUCCUAAAGUGUCUCAAGCCUACUUUUUUGUGACCGGCCGCUUGAGUUUGAUCUUAUUUAUUAUUUCGUGUUGAGACUGUUAAGAGUAACCUUAAUCAAAGUUUCGCUAAACUGCAGUUAAAAUCAAAAUUGGUAAAACGGUCCAGAACAGACGAAGGGAGAUUGACUAGAUAAUUGACAGAAAGAAAUGGCAGAAGACGAAAUACAUGUACGUACAUUGGCUACAUUUGAUACAAAAUUUCCAGCAGACACCGUCGAAUGGUGUCCUAUAGAGCCAUAUCGAAAUGUAUUAACAUGUGGAACAUAUAAAUUAAAUAAAAAUGAACCUAACACAAAAUCUACAUAUAGACAGGGGCAAAUCUUAUUGUUGCAUAUAACAAAUGGUGGAGAAUUAGAAUUGCUGCAACAAGUAUGCACUUCAGCUAUAUUGGAUAUGAAAUGGUUACAUGUCAUAGAUAUUGUAGAAACUCGAAUAUUACUCGCAGUUGUCGAUUCCAUGGGAUACUUACAAAUUUAUCAACUGAGAAACGAUGGAAAAAGAAUAGAAUUUAUUACUAAGUUAAAAGUAAAUGAUGAAGAGAAUGUCAUGGCGUUAUCUCUAGAUUGGUCCAGAAGAAACAGCUCUGCCUCUGAUCCUAUCAUUAAUACAAAUAUUCUUGUGAGCGACAGUGCAGGAUAUAUCUCUCGUUUUACGUGGGCUGAAACGGGUGAUUUAACGAAAGAUUUUACAUGGCCCGCUCACAAGUUCCAUGCGUGGAUUGUCGCCUUUGAUUAUUGCAAUCCAUUAAUUUUUUAUUCUGGUGGCGAUGACAAUAGAUUCCUAUGUUUUGAUAGCAGAACUGGAUCUCAUCCUGUAGUUGAAAAUAAGAAAUAUACUGCCGGUGUUACUAGCAUCCAUAGUAAAAAAUUCUUACUCGCAACCGGAAGUUACGAUCAGAAUGUAAGAUUGUGGGAUAAGAGAAAUUUCGCUCGACCAGUAUCGACGAUUUGUCUCGAUGGUGGAGUCUGGCGUUUAAAAUGGGAUCCGUUUACUCAUCAAUACUUGCUCGCCGCCUGUAUGCACAAUGGUUUCAAGAUCAUUAAUCAUGAUAUAUUAUCAUCUGUCGUUGUCAAUUAUAAAGAGCAUAAAGGUUUAUCGUAUGGCUGUGACUGGUCAUUCUUAAAACAGUUGGAUAUUUCGAAUUUAAACAUAUCUAAUGGAGACACCUUGAUGAGCACUUGUUCCUAUGAAGAUUGUCUCCUUAAAGUAUCUGUAAUUGAUUUUUGGCCGGAUAAACGUAUUGACGAAAAAGAUUAUUAAUAUGGAUAAGAUGAAGGAUAUUCCUGAAUAAACAUUAUAACAUAUUUUAGAUUUAGUAUUUCAUAAUUUAUAUAUGCUUAUUUAUAU